AUGCGUUACUCAUUCGCUCUCGCUGCCUUGAGCGCUGCCUCCGCCGUCAUGGCUGGUAUGGCCAACGAACUCUCGGACGGCCAGGUCCAAGAGCAGGUCUCCGCAUCAUCAGCACCGACUCCGGCUGCUGAGGCCACCGCCUUCAGCACCAUCGUGCCCUUCGUCUCAAGCCCAACCCCAAGUCCCAUCGAGGCUGGUGCAUCUUCUACCUCCUUGGUCAGCCCUCCCGUUAUUGCGACCCCGUCGCCAUCCAGCCCAGUUGUCCCUGUCCCAGGACAGGCUGGCGCGACCGGCUCUCCUAAGGCCCCUGCUCCAGUCGUCCCAGUCCCAGCUGUUUCAAGCUCUCCAGCUGUCGCAGCCGAGGUUGGCGCAUCCGCAUGCCCAACCUGCCCAUCUUGCACCCCAGUCACCAUCUACUCCACCGUCACCGCUACCCCAACCCCCGCAGCAACUGGCUCAACUGGCUCUUCAAGCUCUGGCUCCGGCUCUCCAUCCAGCGGCGAGUCAGGUUCCUCCGGCUCUGCAAGCUCCGGCUCUGGCUCCCCAUCCAACGGCGAGUCUGGUGCAUCUGGAUCCGCCUCGCCAUCCGGCAAGCUUCCCCCGAGCCCAGGCUCCCCUGUCAGCGUUCCCGCUGGUGGAGCUGCUGGUGCCGCUGCCCCCUCUGGAACCGCUGCUGCCUCGACCGGAGCUGUCAAGCCACCAUCCGCGACCGGCUCCCCCAUCGCCUUCAAGGGCGCCGCCAGCACCGUCGGCAGCUCAAUCGCCGUCGCCGGUCUCGCCGCCUUCGCUGCCAUCUUCCUCGCAUAA